AUGGACAACACCAAGCUUGCAAUCCUUUGUUGGUCAAAUGAGAUGGGACAAGUUGCUAACAGUCUGGUCUACAGAUCCAGAAUCCCGGUAUAUCCAUCGUUUAUAGCCUUUGAAGAAGCAUUAUCGAGUUUCACGACCAAUCUUACACCGACGACAUUCGUUCUACCAAGCGUACAUACAUACGUACACUACAAACCACCACAUAUAAACCACACUCUUUACAUACAUACACAAACGUCAAAAUGGAGUCGCUCACAAGCUUUGUUCGCCGCACCGUCGACGAUGAGUCGCAUAAUGACAGGCUUGUCAACCUAAUGAUCGCCCUGCUGGUGCUCGUCUUUUGCGCCCUUCUGUCAGUCACCAUUCUCUUGCUCCUCAAGAGAAUCAAGCAAAAGACCCCCGGGCACAACGAGAGUCUUCCUCAGUACCACGACGAGCAGAAACGUUCCAGUAAUCACCGACGUCUUACGAUCUCGACCGGGCCCGGCGCCCCCCGGUCCAGCGUCAUCGUCUUCAAGGACGGACAGCCCAUGCUGGCCAACCCCUCUUCCCCUCCUCACUCGCCCGACAACGUUCCCGAAAUCCACAUUACGUUCCCGGAUGAGCAGGAUGACCAAGGCCGCCGCCGCAGCGGUCGUGUCCUCGUUGUCAGACUCGGAGAGUCGACCAACUCCAUUGGCCUCGAGCCCCGCCAGGAUGAGCAGCUCCCCGCCUAUGAGAAGGAAAGCAACUCGCAAUUUGUCUCGGUCGAUAUCGAAAAGAUCGGCGGUCUCAAGGAGAAGGAGUACCGUUAAAGUGUAGAUAUAAACGGCACAACAUA